UAUUUACUCAACAUCCGAUUUGAGUUCAUGGCCAAUUUCAUCUUUUAUGUAAGUUGCAUUCACUCAUCGUCAGUGUGUGCAACUUACAGUGUGUCGCACUGUAGGCGCCCAAGCCGCAUAAACACAUAAAAGGACAGAGACCAGCAUCUCAUCAGACGGCGGAACAAACGGACCGACGAAGCCAUACUAUAGAUACGUAAGCCUACAGACUCAUCCGGCUUUAAAAGUCGGAAACUUGACAAGUUUGACGAUAGGUAUUUACACUGAAAUUUAUUACUUUGUACACGAAGUCAUGGAUUUUUUAAUGAAAUCAUACAGGAUGGUAAUUACUUAUUUAUGCAUGAAUGUAUGUAUGUAUGAAAGUAUGAAUAAGAGCAGAUUCGUCCUGACGCAGCCAUACAUACUUAAUGUAUCUUGGACCAAUGGUGACCCUGCAUUAAAUACUUAUUAGUUAAUCCUGCUUCAUACUUAAUCAUUUGGAGGGUGGAUUGCCCCUAUUAUAGCCGUCAUAAUGUACAUCUUUAACUAUAAUCUGCAUAAUCUACAUAGAUAAUCUAUUUACAUACAUAAUACCCACCCGUUUGCAUGAGUUUUAAGCAUAAAUAAAAUCACUUCAAUAUGUGGCCAAAAUAAGUAUACAAAGCGCAGACUUUAUUCUAUUUAAUUAUGCUAAUCCGUUAAUGCAAACAAUUCCAUUUUCAAUGAAAUUCUGCACAAAAUAAUAUUUAAAUAUGUAUAAAACCAGUCAUGGUUAUCCUCAUUUGUAUCCAGUCUUCAUUCAUAUCUCCGAGCUCUAGAGGUGGACAAAAUUCAAUUUGAAAAAAUUUAAUAAAUACAAUUUUAAAAUUUGUAUUUUUGUAUUUUACUAAAAUCGAUCAAGUAAUUUGAACUUUGUACAUAAGUAUUUUCGAAAGCAAGAAUUUUGUAAGUUCUUUCAAUGUAAAAUAUGUAUUUACAUGAUUAGUGCCUGUCAUGUUCAAAAAUGUAUUUCAUAAGUUCGUCAUCUCUUUUCGGUGUCGUGACAUUUUUUACAAUAUGUCAUUGUUUUAACAUCGAUCCAGCAGAGUGCAACAUUGUAACUACAAUAUAUCUAGUUGAACUUUUUAAAAAACCAGCAGAGCCUGGCACCCUUAUCAUUGGUGGCAGUCCCGCCGAACGAGGAGAAUUUCCGUGGCUCGUUUCCAUCCAAUUGGUAGGUUUUGGCCAUUUUUGUGGAGGAACAAUUUUGAACAGUGAAUGGAUUCUAACCGCGGCACACUGUAUGGAUGAAGACCGGCUAUCUGAAUAUCAAAUCGUAGCGGGGGAACAUUUACGAGAUGAGAGUGAUCCUUUUGAAGAGGUCGUCAAUGCCAAGGGAUUCUUUGUACAUGAAGAUUACACCAAUAACAAAGAAUUACCAACCGGACGCAAAACUGGCGAAAAUGAUAUUGGUCUAAUCCAUCUAAAAUCUCCUUUGACCUUUAACGACUUUGUCGAACCUGGAAAAAUUGGGGGUAGCCCGACCACGACGAACACAGAAGACCAGCUGAUCGCAGCUGGUUGGGGCAACACCGAGUUUGCGACGAACUCCUUCAGCGUCGAACUUCUCAAGGUAACCGUUCCACUCCGACCGAAUACUGACUGUGACGCAGUCUAUUCCGACAAGGGUUACACCCGCGUGAAGCAGAUUUGCGCCGGGAUGGGCGGGAAAGACAGCUGUGGAGGUGACUCUGGUGGUGGUUUGGUUAAUUCGGGAGACAAGUCCGUUGUAGGUAUAGUUUCGUACGGUGAAAAAUGCGGAGUUCAAGAAUUUCCUGGAGUUUACACAAGAAUUAGUUACUAUCAUGACUGGAUUAUUAAGACGAUGGGACGCCCCCAAGAAAAUAUUGGCAACACUGUCCCACUCCACACAAAAUUGGUCGUAUUUGUGGCAACCAUUUUCCAAUUGUUGUAAUUAAAAUAUUGAAUAAAUUUAAAAAUUAGAAGAAUUA